AUGCCAAAGUAUCAUUCAGGGGGAAGAAAUAAGGCUAGUGAGUGGAAUGAAGUGACCAUAUUAAGUGAUCAACCAAAUAGAGAUGAACUGGAUUUACAAGUUGCAAGAUUUUUCUUUUCAGCAAAUAUACCAUUCAACGUAGUAGAAAAUCUUAAAUUUACCAAGCUGCUUAAAAAACUUAGACCUGGAUAUGAGCCACCAAAUAGAAAACAGAUAUCUUCAGAACUCUUAGUAAAGAUAAAUGAAGAAGUAAUCAAUUUAAUGAAAAAUGAUCUUGCUGAUGAUAGUGCUGUUACCCUAAUUCAAGAUGGUUGGAAUACAUUCAGUAAUGAUCCUAUAAUUGCUCAUAGCAUCCAUAGUAAAAAUAAACCUUAUCUCAUUUCUGCAAUUGACACUAGAAGCCAAUCAAAAACAGCAGAAUAUUGCGCUCAAGCUGCUAAGGAUGCAAUUAAAAUUGCUAAAGAAACGUUCAAUAAAGAUGUAUUUGCAGUAUGCACUGACAACGAAAAUAAAAUGUCUAAAAUGAGAAAACUUUUGCAGGCUGAAGCCCCUAAGUUGAUAACAUUUGGUUGCUCUGCUCAUUUUUUAAAUUUGGUUGAAAAGGAUGUCUCUCCAAAGUCUAUAGUAAAGCAUAUUAUAGCAAUUCAUAAAUAUUUUCGUAAUCAUCACCAACCACAUGGUUGGUUAUUGGAAAAAGGUGGACUGAUGCCACAGCUACCUAAUGAUACUCGCUGGAACUCCCAACUAGAUUGUUUACAGACAUACAUAUCUAAUCAUUCUCUGUACGUUGACAUUAGAGUUGAGCAUAUGGAAUCCAUUGAUCCUUCGAUAGGAAGCCUAAUUGACAAUCUAUCAAUACAAAGAGAAGCAAUAAAUUUAUAUGCACAACUGAAAAUUUUGGUGUUGCGUAAGAUAAGUUGCAAGCAGACGAUACAACUUUGUCUGAAGCAGUUGAGAUUUGGCAAAGCCUCAUACAUAAUGAAAAAUUGGCUUUGUACAAAGAUGAUAUUUUAAAGAGGUUCAAGAAGGCAAUUGUUCCAUGUCAU